AUGCUGGCCGGGCAGAGCCUGGGCCCGGCGGGCUGCGGCGCGCUGGGGUGCAGCACACCCAUGCUCAGCCCCUGCCCGUCUGGCGGUGCCCCGCUGUCACCAGACGCGCCUCGCGGCCUGCCCACGAUGCACCCCCACCACCACUUGCCCCAGCACCAGGCCCAGCAGGCGCAGCACAGCCAGGCCCACACCCUGGCGGCCGCGCUGGGCCAGCUGGCGGCGCAGGCGGGCGGCCGCGGGCCCGCGCCCCUCGCGCCGCCCAGCCCCGGCGCCCACCACGGCCUGCCGCCGAUGCACGCCGGCGGCGGCGCGGCCGCGCUCAACGGCAGCCUGCCCCACCACUUCUACUGCCCGCUCACCCGCCAGCUCAUGUCUGACCCCGUGUUGGCAGCAGACGGCGUGACCUAUGAGCGGCAGGCAAUCGCCGAGUGGAUGGCAUACAAGGAUGUGUCGCCCACCACCCAGCUGCCGCUGCCCCACAAGGUGCUCAGCCCCAACUCUGUGCUGCGGGCAGGCCUGCUGGACCUGCUGCGUCAGCACUGCUGA